CCGCCCUCCACAGCAGCGCCGUUUCCAUUUUGAAGGUAAAAUACCGAUUAUAAGAAACCCUAACUCCUCCCACCAACCCCUCUCUCUCUCUCUCUCUCUCGAUUCAUCACCGAAAUUGUUCCAAUCGAGUAAACCGAAAUGAGUUCCCUCCAGCUCUUCCUCAACCGUACGAUCUCUUUAUCGCCGGCGAAUGCUGCUGAUUCCCACCGAUGUUUCAAUUCCAAGAGAGGGAGGGUUUGUGUGAGGGCGUGCGUUAACGCGGAUGUGAAGGCGGCUGAUGGUGUUAAAUUGGGGGCGAGUGGUGGUGGUGUUAGUCAGGAGGUGGUGGAGGCGGAGGGAAGGGUUCUGGUGGGGACUUAUGCACGGGCGCCUGUUGUGCUCUCCAGCGGCAAGGGCUGUAAAUUGUAUGAUCCAGAGGGUCGAGAGUAUCUGGACUGCUCUUCUGGUAUCGCUGUCAAUGCACUUGGGCAUGGGGAUCCUGAUUGGGUGAAGGCCGUCACUGACCAAGCAAAUCUUCUCACGCAUGUUAGUAAUGUCUACUAUUCGAUCCCCCAGGUGGAACUUGCAAAGCGCCUGGUAACUUGUUCAUUUGCGGAUCGUGUAUUCUUCUCAAAUUCGGGAACAGAAGCAAAUGAAGCUGCCAUCAAAUUUGCGAGGAAGUUUCAGAGAUUUUCACGUCCUGGUGACAAGCAGCCACCAGUGGAGUUCAUUUCUUUCACUAACAGCUUCCAUGGGAGGACAUUAGGAGCCCUCGCUUUGACAAGCAAAGAAUAUUAUCGAUCACCAUUUGAGCCUGUCAUGCCUGGUGUUACUUUCCUGGAGUAUGGAGAUAUACAAGCUUCCAGGGAACUCAUUCAAGGUGGUAAAAUUGCUGCUGUAUUUGUAGAACCUAUUCAGGGUGAGGGUGGCAUAUAUAGUGCAACAAAGGAAUUUCUGCAAUCCUUACGCAGUGCUUGUGAUGAUGCUGGGUCACUUCUUGUUUUUGAUGAGGUUCAAUGUGGUCUUGGGCGGAUUGGUCAUCUGUGGGCUCAUGAAGCUUACGGUGUAUUCCCAGAUAUAAUGACUCUUGCCAAGCCUCUUGCAGGAGGACUUCCCAUUGGGGCUGUUUUGGUGACUGAAAGAAUUGCAUCCACCAUAAAAUAUGGAGAUCAUGGAAGUACAUUUGCUGGUGGGCCUCUUGUCUGCAAUGCAGCCAUUUCUGUUUUAGAUAAAAUUUCAAAUCCUGGUUUCCUUGCUAGUGUCUCAAAGAAAGGCCAGUACUUCAAAGAACUGCUUCUACAGAAGUUAGGAGGAAACCCACAUGUGAAAGAAAUUCGAGGUUGGGGGCUUCUAAUUGGGGUAGAGCUAGACGUAUCUGCUUCACCACUCGUUAAUGCCUGUCGAAAUUCUGGUCUUCUAGUGUUGACAGCUGGGAAAGGGAAUGUGGUUAGGCUGGUUCCACCAUUGAUAAUCUCAGAGCCGGAACUGCAGCGUGCAGCUGAGAUUCUUCAAGAAUGUUUACCAUCACUUGAUGAGAGUAAGUGAAGCCGGAGAGUUGAUGCCAGCAUUCUUUUACCGGUGAUACAUGUAAAAUGUAAGCAUUUGAAGUUUGAAUAUGGGAAUUAGAUAAUAAAUCAGUAUUGAACUGAGCUGAGAUAAUUUAAGGUGAAAUUCACUAUCUUUAUGUUUACCCAUUCU